AUGUUAUCAGAUUAUGUUGUAGCUUUGGUCGUUGGUUUGGCAGGUCUUAUUGCCAUCUUUUUCGCCGCUAGAAGAAUCGAUAACAGGUUCGGCAAUAUGGUGAGGAGAUUGAGGAGGGCAUCUGAAGAAUCACUAUACAUUAACCGCCUCAGCUGGACAACAUACAUCUUGAGUUUUAUCCUUACUGCUUACAUAAAUGCCACAUUUCUUGCCGUGGUUGCAAAUAUAGCUUUUGGCUUGGGCAAACUGUGGUCAAUCGUUGGAAUAUUCCAUAAUAUUAUGGAAGUUUGUUUAUUGGCAGCAUUAUUACAAACUGGCAGAAAACAAUUCAAUUUCGCUAUUGCCCUCCUUGUCGUAGUAACAUAUGGAGUACUCGCCACAGCGGGCACCAGUCAGCUAGAAUGGUAUUAUGAUAGCUUGGUAUGGGACUUUAUGUUGCCUCUCGUCUUCUUCCGUGUUGCAGUAUAUGCCAAGAAUCAUCCUCCUAAUCAAGGCAAUCCAGAAACUAAUAUUGUUGGCGAUAAUUCUACAGAAUCGUUACUUUUAUUCAACUUGUCGUAUUUGAUCGCCUUUCCAAUAUACGCCAUUUACGUGCAUAAUGAAUCAAAUAUUGAUCAAGCGGAUGCACAAAAGGUAUUCGAUGUUCCUGACACAUCGGUCUAUGAAUUUAUUUUGAUCUUUUUGUGGGGUGCUACUUCUAGUUUAAUUUCAGCUUUUAUUGGAGUAAAAAAUAUGAAUUAA